UUUUUGUUAGUGAUCAAUUUACCGUGCUGAAGGUUGGGUGUGUGUUAAACAUUAACAAAUUCGUCUAAAAUUUACGAUAGAAAUAUCACAUAAAGAUGCCUGUGGAGCUAGAAUAUGAUUAUAAUGAGACGACGGCAGCUAUGGAUAAAUUUUCCCAAGCAGAUAUUAACGAGUUACGACAAUGGACGCUGAAAUUGGACAAAUCAAAAUAUGUGCCCAAAGAUUUAACAGAUAAACAGUUGGUGUUAUUUUACAAUGCUUGUUACGGGGAUAUGGACAAGACGAAAGCGUGCAUAGAAAAAUAUUAUUCGUGCAGGAAGAAUGCUCCAGAGCUCUUCGAUAACCGUGUUUUGAAGACCGAGGAAUUAAAAUUAUCUGCCGACGUUCUGGAGUUUUCCGUUCUCCCCGGCAAGUCUUGCCAGGGCUACGACAUCAUCUACCAUCGGCUUCAUGACACGGAGCCAUCGAAGUACAACUUGGAGUCUGGCUGCAAACUACUCUUCAUGACUGUGGAUUUAUGUCUCACGAAGCGUGGCCCACAGCCAGGCUACAUGUUCCUGUUUGAUAUGCGUGGAGUGAAGUUCGGCCAUCUUACAAGAGUUAGUUUAUCGACCCUUCGCAAAUUCUUCCAAUACGUCCAAGAAGCGAUGCCGGUUCGUAUGCGCGCGAUCCACGUGCUGAACACGGAACCAGUUUUAGACAAACUAAUGUUGCUCAUCAGGCCCUUCAUGGAUAAGAAAUUCUUUGAUAUGCUCAAAUUCCACAACAAAAACGAAGAUAUGGAGAAGUUCUAUGAAACCGUAGUGCCCCGAUCGGUUCUACCUCCUGACUACGGUGGCACCCUCCCAGACACACAGACUCUACACAAGAAAUGCAUUCAGCAGCUCCAGCUCCUAGAGCCAUACUUCAAGGCUGAAGAGGAACAAAGGAUUGCCGCGUUACCCGACAAGAAACGAGAAAAGGCAAUGGAAAGAGCCUUCAAGAAUCUAGACAUUGACUAGUCAGACUGGAUCUGGUGAAAUCCCUGGUAUUUUAAUGAAAAAGUGAAAGUAAGCGCUGUCUAUAUUCGAAUACAGUAGUUUGUUAGUUAUGGGUAGAUCGCUUAACACAAAGAUCGCUCUGAUCUUCAAAGAUCACGCCGGUCUUUAAAGAUCACUCCGAUUUCCAAAGAUGACAUUGAUCUUUAAAGAUCACUGUCGUCUUUUUACAUAUUACAUGUUGUAUUUUGGUUUCUUAUCUACUUCAGUUGUAAAGAUAUUUAAAAGUAUUAUCUUUUAAGUUUUUCUUUAAUACCACUUCAGGUUAGUCAUGAGGUGUUCUAACGCCUUCAUUUCGUAAAUUUAUGCAUUUUAUUACCUGUUACUUGAACAUAUUAGGUCAUCCUCAAAUAGAUAUGCUAGGUAGACUUAUUUAUUGCAAUUGUACAAGAACAUGAAAAGGCUACAAAUAUCGUCAAUUACAAAUUAUAUUGAUUAUAUUAAAGUAACAAUGUUUACUUAGAUAAAAAUACAGUGGGAUGGUACAAAGUACAUGUAGAUUCGUCUAGGAAAAUACAAAUUUUCGAAAGUAAUAGUAAAAUUUUCAAUUUGUCUUAGUCAUACAAACAGUCAUUAAAAGAAAAAGACACAAAAAUUUGUACAUUUUGCUUCAAAUAUAAAUCAAAAUGAACAUGGAAAUAUGUCACAAAUUUGCAAAUGAAUACACGAAAAUGAUUACAUUGAUAAUUAGUUUAGCAUUCAUUAGGUUGCAAAUGUCUUUAUCUACCAGCUAUCAAAUAAUCGCUAUUCUGAUAUAAUUUAAUCCUCUUAAUAAUCCAAGAAAGUUAUUUGUGAUACUGAUUGUAUUUCCACACUAAAUCGUUAUAAAUUAAGGAAGUUUGAUAUAAAUGAAACAGUUUAUUACAUAUGUAUUUAUUGCAAAUUAUAUUUUCUUUGAUUUGACGCUUACGGUUAAUUUUUUUUCUAGUUUAAACUAUAAAAAUGACUUUAUAACAAUCCUAUAUUGUUAUUAACAUACCAAUAAAGUUUCUAGACGUACAAAAUAAUUGCUUUGAAAAGGUAAAUUAUAAGUUACCUUUAGAUACUGUGUUACAAAACAUUUUUAAUUGUUGGUAUUUGAUACCUUGCUUGUGAACAUUUUCCAAACGCAAUGAACUUAAUUUAAGAAAAGAAGCAUUAUAAUACCAUUGUUGUUGCCUAAGUAUAUUUUAUUUUCAGCAUAAUAUAUUUGAAUCACUAGUUAAACAUUAUAAAUAAAGUUAUGUAAAAUAUAUGAUAGUACAUGUUAAAAUUAUAUAAAAAAAAAACUAUUUGUCCAGCAGCUGGAAUAUAUAUCUGUAAAUAUAAGUAGUGAGUAAUAAUAGCAUUAUAUUACACGUGCUGUAAUAACUAUAAUCGCUCAAUUAUACAUGCAAUAGUAAUGAUCACUCUGGGUCAUGAUCAUUGUGAUCCAAAUUAUCCAAGUGUUAAUCGACGAAUUAACAACUUUUAAACAUGUCUACCUUUGUAGCAUAAACAAUUACAAAUGAAUCAUUAUAAAAAAAAACAAAUUUGAAUUAUAAAUUGUCUAUGAGAUUAAAAAAGGUGCAGUUGUAAAGUACGUUAAAUGAGCUAAAAUGACAAAAGUUUUGGGACCUCUCUUGUAAAUUGCAAUUCUCUUAAAAGCACUUAAUUUUCAAGUUCUCUUGUUAAAUUAACCAGCUGAUUCUUCUUCUAGUUAUGUAAGAUUAGGGUCAGAGAAAUAAAUAGACGGAGUGUUUGUAAUCGAGUCUUGAAUGGAAUAUGAAAGAAACGGUAUAUAACAAUGUGCUAUAAGUAAUAUUUUAUUAAUUUAAAACAAUUUGCAAUUGUAAUUUCAAGUAAGAAACCCAUCAAAAAAAAAUAUUUAUUUGUAAAUAUAGUAUUUAACAAAGGUAUAAACUCUCAAAAAAAAUGCCCGAAGAAAAAAGGAAAAAUUUCACAGCAACAGCACUGCUCGUUCGCUUCGAAACUUACAAAGUAGUUAGCCUUGCUGAUUUGGCAACUUAUUUCAAUUUUUAACAUUUUGCCUGCGGUUUCCAAAUUCCAAAAGAGUUUAAGGUCAGCUUUGUCAAUAUAUUUCUCUGGUCCACGAUGUAAGGUGACGGUUUCGAUGGUACUUAGGGUUUUGUAUCUCUCUGCACAGUAGUUUAGUUUUAGUUAAAUAUUCCACUCGAUUCCUUUAAAGUUUGUGAUAUGCUUGUGUUGUUGAAAAAAUGUGUUAUGUUGAUUCUAAGAGUCGGAAAUUGUGAUUUAGAUUAGAAAUAUAUUUUUAUGCAA